AAAGUCGAAACGCAUGACAUGGAAAAGUGAAUGGAGCAGAUGAGGGAAGGCGUGGUCGAAGGACUCAUAAAAGGGCAGACCCGCAGAAAGUCUACAAAAUAUUCCCAGUCACGAAAAAACCAAUGGAAAUUUCAAGCAAGAAAUUAGUGUCGGAAGGAAAGAGCUGGAGCAUAUGCAAACUCCCUUUCUGGAAUUCAACCAAUUUUUCUUCAUCAUCUUCAUCAUCGUCUACCGCUUACUCUUCUUCAUUCAGGCCGCGCCACGACAAUGUAUUUGCAGGCGCUCAUCAGCACAGUAAUCUUCACAGCACCUCCUCUACCAAGCCCACUUCCAUGAACAUCAAGUCCUUUCUUCCCACUCGUCGCAGGCUCAGUCUUGAUCCCUCCAACAAGCUCUAUUUUCCCUAUGAACCUGGGAAACAAGUGAAAAGUGCAAUCAGAAUCAAGAAUGUUAGUAGGACUCAUGUUGCCUUUAAGUUCCAAACAACUGCACCAAAAAGUUGUUACAUGCGUCCGCCAGGGUGCAUACUUGCUCCGGAUGAAAGUCUCAUUGCAACAGUUUUCAAGUUCGUGGAGCCUCCAGAGAAUGAUGAGAAAAUAGUUGGGAUGAAGAGUGGGGUCAAGUUCAAGAUAAUGAGCCUAAAAGUAAAGGGGGAUAUGGAAUAUGUUCCAGAGCUGUUUGAAGACCAAAAGGAUGAAAUAGCAGUGGAACAGAUACUAAGAGUAGUCUUUCUUGAUCCGGAGCAACCUUGCCCUGCAUUGGAGAAACUUAAUCGUCAAGUGGCAGAGGCUGAGGCUGAGCUUGAAGCACGCAAAAAGCCUUCAGAAGACAAUGGCCCUAAAUUUUUUGGAGAAGGCCUGGUUAUAGAUGAAUGGAAAGAAAGGAGGGAAAGGUAUCUAGCACGACAGCAGGGUGAUGAGCUGAAUUCUGCUUGAACAGAUUUAGCCUAACUUCUCUACUGUAAGUUGAAUCCUUCUGGGAGGGCACAGAUAGAUAGACCGAGAGGGUAUAUACCGCUUCUUUUGUUUCCUUCAGAAGAGGAAGUGAUAUUUCGACAUGCAUACAAAACUUUGGUUUCUCUGGCACACCCACUAUGCAGGAAUACAGCUUUGUUAUUUCCUUUCCACCCGCCAAUUAGAAGUGCGAUUCGUUGUUUGUAGCAUGUAUUUGGAUUUGAUCUUCAAGGCAGUUCUUUUUCUUUUUUACUUUCAAAUGAUCCGUGUGCCUGUAUCAUUGUUGAUGACAUUGUAUGAUUAUCCUUUUUCUGUAUAUGGAUUAUAUAUUCACUACAUAACUUUUUGAUGUUCCUAUAUGCUAUUAAGUUUUGGAAUUUCAAUAUUUGUAUAAUACUUUUUUUUGGAAUGUAAAUAUAUAUUCACCCAAAUGUAGUAUCACAACGUGUCC